CUUCCGGCGUUAUUGACUGGAGGAAACAACUGAAGAUGGAGUUAUUUCUCCCAGCUGUGGCUGAACAACUUUUCCGAGAUAUCCAGAAAACAUAUCAGGAAACCUCUCAAAGUAAGCUUCGAGUGGCAAAUGCACAUUAUUUUGAGGGAAACGUGAGCUUCACUGAGGUUAGUUUCAGUGCAUGAAGCUGCAGAAUUGCUCGCCGAAAGGUGAUCUUUCGGGACUUUCUUGUUAGACUUACUGUGGAUUUAUCUUCACUUUGGAAAGAAAGGAGAUAAGUGAAUGAAAAUCCAUUUUUUCCCUUGACUAAAAGGCAGGUACGGUAUUUACUUUAGCUGUCUCCACAGUAACAUUAUUGUAGCAUUAGUUGUAGCGAGGGUUGCAAAAUUCCGGGAAUUUUCAAAGUUGGAAACUUUCCAUGGGAAUUAACGGGAAUAUAUGGGAAUUAACGGGAAUAAAUAAGACAUUUACAGAAUUGAAGGUUGGCCCUUAACAGGGAACUUAAAUAUAGUUGGGGGAAAUAUAUUGUAGCAUAGUCUUGGCUAAAACAACCAGGGCUAUUGAGGCCACGCCCCCUACAUGCACUGUGCAUUCCUCCAUCACAUGCACAGGUGAUUUCUUGAAGCCUGGAGGCCACACAUUUGAGCUCAAAGCACAAGACUAUUGAAGCCACACAUUUGAGCCCACGGACUAUAUAAAGUCAAAAAAAUGCCACGUUUGCCAUCUGAUGUGUGGAAGCAUUUCACACAAGCGAAUGUUGAAGGAAAGUCUUUGUAUGUAUGUAAAUACUGUGCAAAGACAUACGUGAAGAAUGCUACAAAAAUGCAGCAACAUAUUGCCAAGUGCCAAAAAGUUCCUCAAGGCUCAAAACAUUCAGCAGACAAGAGUUCCACUCCAGGGGAAAAUGAAUCUGCUGUAUCAGAGUCAGAUACCCUCUCAUCAGCUCCUGGUCCCUCUGGUAUCAGAGCAUUCUUUGAUUUAAUGGAUGAACGUAGCCAGAGAAAUGCAGAUGAGUGUUUUGCUCGUGCAGUCUACGCAACUGGCUCACCACUGAUGCUGCCAUCCAGUGUGUACUGGAAGAGAUUUUUGAAUGUUCUCCGGCCAGCAUACAUCCCCCCAACCAGGCAUGCGCUAUCUACUCAUUUGCUGGAUGAGGAGUUCAACAGAGUGCAAACAAAGGUCAAGCAAACCAUUGUCAAAGCAGACUGUAUUUCAGUCAUCUCUGAUGGGUGGUCAAAUGUUCGGGGACAAGGAAUUAUCAACUACAUUGUCGCCACCCCUCAACCUGUAUUCUACAAGAGCACAGACACAAAGGACAACAGACACACAGGCCCCUACAUUGCUGAUGAGCUGAAAGCGGUCAUUAAUGACAUUGGACCAGAGAAGGUUUUUGCACUUGUCACUGACAAUGCACCAAAUAUGAAGGUUGCCUGGGCACAUGUGGAGGAGACCUACCCUCAUAUAACAGCCAUUGGCUGUGCUGCCCAUACUCUUAAUCUUCUCCUGAAAGACAUCAUUGCACUGAAGACAAUGGACACACUACACAAGAGAGCUAAGCAAGUUGUGAAGUAUGUGAAGGGCAAACAAGCAGCUUCAGCAACCUAUCUCUCAAAGCAAAAGGAAAAAAACAAGAGUACCACACUGAAGCUCCCCAGCAUCACACGAUGGGGUGGUGUUGUCAUCAUGUAUGACAGUCUACUGGAGGGAAAGGAGUCUCUGCAAGAGAUGGCCAUAUCCCAGACUGCAGGCAUUGAAAGUGACAUCAAAAGAAUCCUGUUAGAUGAUGUGUUCUGGGAAAGAGUGAUUAGCAGCCUGAGAAUCCUCAAACCAAUUGCAGCAGCAAUUGCCAAGAUAAAGGGGGAUGAUGCCAUCUUAUCAGAUGUCCACUGUCUCUUUGCUGACCUCAAAGAAGAAAUCCAGACGGUCCUGCCCACUUCCCUACUACUCAAAGCAGAGGAAACUGCUGUGGUCAAGUCAUUGGAGAAGCGCCGGGAGUUCUGCACGAAGCCAGCGCAUGCAGCAGCAUACAUGCUGGACCCAAAAUAUGACAGGGGCAUACUCUCUGGAGAAGAGAUUUACGGUGCUUAUGCUGUUAUUACAGCCAUGUCUGGCCACCUGGGCCUUGAUAAAGGCAAGGUUCUGGGCAGUUUGGCUAAGUACCGAACCAAGACUGGCCUUUGGGAAGGGGAUGGAAUCUGGCAGUCAUGCCAGCACAUAUCUGCAUCCACCUGGUGGAAGGGACUUUGUGGAUCUGAGGCCCUUGCACCUAUAGCCUCCAUCAUCCUGCAAAUCCCACCAUCAUCAGCCGCCUCUGAGCGUAGCUGGUCACUCUUCGGGAACACACACACAAAGGUUUGCAACAGGCUCACAAACGUGAGAGUGGAAAAACUGGUGGCCAUUCGGGCAAACCUAAGGCUCUUUGAACCUGACACAGAGCCAUCCUCAACCAGGCUGGACAGUGACACUGAAGAGGAGCUGUCAGAGCCGGAUGUUGAGGAGGUGAACAUGGAGGAUGUUGAUGAGGCCCAGGAAGAGGCCAUUGCCUGAAAGGUUUUGGCAAAAAAGCAGAACAUGCAGAAACUAGGCUUGUCGAGCUCGAGGGAAGAGGCUUUUGUUUUACAUGUUGAAUGGGACUUUUUUGGAGGGAGUUGGGCUCCUUUCAUUUAACAUUUUGAAUGGGACUUUUUU